UAUGGGAGAGUGAAACCAAAACUCUCCAUUGGUCGGGGACUUUUCUCCGCUUCUAGCCGGCAGCGACGGUAGUGACUAUUCAAAAAUAGCUCCGGGAGUGGGAUAUCAUGGCAUCAAGUAGCCAGGAAGAAGUAAGUGUUGAAGAUGAGGCUGUGAGCAAAAGCAGUUUUAAGACAUGCAAGCAAAUUGCCUUCUACAGGCGUCAGAAACGUUUAUGUCCUGGGAAGUCCUUAUACCGAGCAUUGCUGGAUACAGUGGAAUUAUCCCACAUCCGUGUCAAAUUCCAAAUAGUCAGUGAAGAAUGCAAGGAACCUCUUUUAAUAGAAACUGAAAUAAGAGGGCAAUAUUUCAGGCUUAAAAUUAAUGAGAAAGUGCCAUUCAAACCAAGAUAUGGUCCCGAUGUUCUCAUUAAAGAACCUGUCUGCCUCAGUCUAACAAUAUUGCAGAAAGAUGCAGACAAACUUGUGUUGGCUUGUGCCAAUGAAGACCAGCAGAUUCACGUCACUGCAAAUCCUUUUCAGAUACAGUUUGUUUGCAAGGGUGAGAUUGUAUGGAGUACAAACUCCAAAUGGCCUGCUGUAUUUGAGCACCUCCAGCCAGCCCCACAAAGCAGGAUUUGGAUACUUUUUAUCCAAGCAGGAAAUCAAGAUGACUUGGGUCUCUGGGAAGAAAAAUUUGGCAAAUUUUCAGACAUCAAGCUAAUGGUAAGUCCCAGCAGUAUAGGCUUAGAUUUUUCUUUACAUGUUGAACAUGUCUAUGGAAUACCUCAGCAUGCAGAGACACUUCUCCUUAAAAACACCAGCGAUGAUGAUGUCUACCGGCUUUAUAACCUGGAUGUCUUCGGAUACGAAGUUCACAGCAAAAUGGGCAUUUAUGGUGCAGUGCCCUUGCUCUUGGCUCACAAACCCGGCAGAACCGCCGGGAUCUUCUGGCUGAAUUCCUCAGAAACUCUGGUGGAGAUUGCUACAAAAGCCGCAGUGGAGAGAACUCUAACUCCAGAAGCUUCGAAGCAGAGAGUGCUUCCUCAAACUGAUGCGUGGAUGUCGGAAAGUGGGAUAAUUGACACUUUCAUCCUAAUGGGUGCCCAACCCUUUGAUUUUAAGCAGUAUGCACAAUUGACAGGUACUCAGCACCCUGCCCCACUCUUCUCCCUCGGCUACCACCAGUGCCGCUGGAAUUACGAAGACGAGGAUGACGUAGAAGGGGUAGAUGCAGGUUUCGAUAUGCAUGACAUCCCAUAUGACGCCAUAUGGCUCGACAUUGAGCACACAGAUGGCAAGCGGUACUUCACGUGGAAUAAGGAGAAGUUUGGCAAUCCCGAGAGGAUGCAGAAGCAGAUACUUAUGAAGAAAAAGCGCAAGCUGGUCGUCAUUCUGGACCCCCAUAUUAGUGAUCCUCUGUAUACCAUAUACUCACAAGCAAAAGAAAGAGGUUACUUUGUAAAAGACCGUAAAGGAAAAGAUUGAGGCAUCUGUUGGCCAGGUCUCUCUCUGUACCUGGAUUUCACCAAUCCUGAAGUCCGAGAAUGGUAUGCAGAUCAAUUUGCCUUCAGCGCAUAUAAGGGUUCUUCUGAAAUCCUUUUUGCCUGGAACGAUAUGAAUGAGCCCUCAGUCUUCAGAGGGGUAGAGCUAACCAUGCAGAAAGAUGCUGUCCAUUAUGGCAAAUGGGAACACCGAGAAGUCCAUAAUCUCUAUGGUUUCUACCAGCAAAUGGCAACUGCAGAAGGACUGAUCAGACGAAGCGGAGGGCUGGAGAGGCCUUUUGUUCUCACACGCUCGUUCUUUGCUGGCUCACAAAAGUAUGGUGCCAUAUGGACUGGAGACAAUAAAGCAGAAUGGCAGUACUUGAAAAUCUCCGUUCCAAUGUUGCUGACAAUCAGUAUGGCAGGCAUUUCUUUCUGUGGAGCUGAUGUGGGCGGAUUUAUUGGAAAUCCAGAGCCAGAGCUGCUAGUUCGAUGGUAUCAGGCUGGAGCCCUACAGCCUUUCUUUAGAGGCCAUGCCAAUAUGAACACCAAGCGCCGUGAGCCCUGGUUGUUUGGUGAGAGAACACGCGGAUCAUCAGAAAUGCUAUCAAGGAGCGCUACCCUUCUGCCAUAUCUCUAUGCUUUGUUUUACCGAGCACAUACAGUUGCUGAGCCGGUCAUGAGGCCUGUUUGGGUAGAAUUCCCCAAGGAACUGGAAACGUUUGGCAUCGAAGAUGAGUAUAUGCUUGGUACGAAAGCUUUGUUGGUAUAUCCAGUCACUGAACCAAAAGUCACUGCAGUCAAUGUCUUUCUGCCUGGCCCUCAAGAGAUCUGGUAUGACUUUCGAAAAUUUAUCCGCCUGGAAGGUCAUGGCACAGUGAAGAUUCCAGUGACACUGAACAGUAUUCCUGUAAUGCAGCGUGGGGGAACUGUUAUACCAUUAAAGACUUCUGUAGGAAAAUCUACAGAACUGAUGGUAGAUGUUCCAUAUGAACUGCGUGUUGCCUUAGAUACAAAGGAGUCUGCAGUGGGUGAGCUUUAUCUGGAUGAUGGCCAUUCGUUCCAGUAUCUCCAUGAGAAGAAGUUCCUGCUCAGGAAGUUCACCUUCCACAAGAAUGUCUUCUCAUCUAGGUGUGCAGAUGAAAAUGGGCAAUAUACAAAGUGUGUAGUUGAGCAGAUACUGAUCUUGGGAAUAAAAAAACAACCAUCUUCUGUGACGGCUAGCAUUCAUGAUGGGAAAGACCAAGCAGUGGCUUUCACAUAUGAUGCCAAGAUCUCUGUGUUGACCCUUCAGAAGCUUUCACUAAAUGUUGGCAUUGACUGGGUGCUUCAUAUCAAGUGAAACAGCAGAGCCAGAGAACUGGAAGGAAAGCCGAACAAUAAUGGUUGAGGGUGACUCAGCACACUCUUUUGAAAUGGACAAAACAUAGUUAUAUUUAAUUAAUUGAAUUAUGACUUUCUGAUACCAUUUGCAACAACUGUUAUGUGAAGACGGCUGGCUUCCAGGAUAAUUGUGGAUUUGUGCGUCGGAGCCAUGCAACAAUAUCUGGAAUAAGUGACGCUUUCUUGCUUCUAUUCACUGUUUUUUAAAGACUUCUGCUCUAGACCUGUUUUUCAGCAUUAUGAAAUACCAGUUUCUUAUUGGUAUAAUGAAUAUUUCGAAGAAGGUAAUAGCCUGGAAGAAUCUCUACCAAACCCACCAAUGUAAAACAUAGAUUUUUUUUCCAGCAAGAUGGCAUUUGACAGGAAAAAUGACAACUGUUUUUUAUAAUCCAU